UACGAAGCAAGAAAAGCUGGAUUCUGCUGCUUCUUCAUCUCCUCCUCCUCCUCCUCCUCUAUAUACACACACUUGUUUAUAUUAUCAGCUUCGAAUCUUUCCUUUGAAACUUUUGCAAUCAAUGCGAAUCUACUCCUUGCUGCGACCGACCUCUCACUCUUAUUAUUUAGAGAGAGAGAGAGAGAGAGAGAGAGAGAGAGAGUGCUUCUGUAUAACUACUAGACGUAUCCCUUAUAGAUAUAUGUAGAGAGAGAGAGAGAGAGAGAGAGAGAGAGAGAGAGAGAGAGAGAGAGAGAGAGAGAAGAGAGAGAGAGAGAGACCAGAGCGUGCUUCUGUAUAACUCGACAUAUUUUAUAGAUACAGAGUGGUGUACUGGCUUCAAGAAAAUUUGUGAUUGCGAGGAUUGAGAGCGCAGCGCAGUCGCAGAACGAGAAUUGAGAGUAAGAAAGUUGCUGAAUUGUAUUGAGAGAGAGAGAGAGAGAGAGAGAGUUAGGUUAUGGAGUGUAACAAGGCGCAGCAGGCGAGGUUUGGAAGGCAAUCAUCGCUAGCUCCGCCGGAGCGCCGCGAGAAUUCGAGGGGUUUCGACGACGAAGUGGAAGUACUACCGGAAGGGAUCGAUCCGAGAGUGAGGCUGAUGUAUCUGGCUAACGAGGGGGAUUCGGAGGGUAUCAGGGAGCUGUUGGACUCGGGAACUGACGUGAAUUUCAAGGACGUUGACGGCAGGACUGCCCUCCACGUCGCUGCUUGUCAGGGCCGAACCGACGUCGUCCAGUUGCUGCUCCGAAGAGGGGCGGACGUCAAUUUGGAAGACCGCUGGGGCAGCACGCCUUUUGCAGAUGCAAUAUUUUACAAAAAUCAUGAGGUGAUCAAGCUUUUGGAGGAACAUGGAGCAAAACCUCCGGUGGCUCCCAUGCAUGUCCAAAAUGCUCGUGAAGUUCCAGAAUAUGAAAUUCAUCCCGGUGAGCUUGAUUUUACCAAAAGUGUGAACAUAACAAAGGGAACUUUUUGUAGUGCUUCUUGGCGUGGAAUCCAGGUUGCUGUGAAAUUGCUUGGCGAGGAACUGUUCACCGAUGAAGAUAAAAUAAAGGCUUUUACGGAUGAACUUGCAUUACUUCAGAAGCUACGACACCCAAAUGUUGUCCAAUUUCUCGGUGCUGUAACGCAAAGUAGUCCAAUGAUGAUUGUCACCGAGUAUCUUCCCAAGGGUGAUCUUCGUGCAUUCUUGAAACGAAAAGGCUCCUUAAAGCCCAUAAUAGCUGUGAAAUUAGCACUUGAUAUUGCAAGAGGUAUGAAUUACUUGCAUGAACAUAAACCUGAAGCCAUUAUCCACCGAGAUCUGGAGCCAUCAAAUAUACUGCGGGAUGAUUCUGGGCACCUAAAAGUUGCAGACUUCGGGGUAAGCAAGCUGCUGAAAGUUGCAAAAACUGUUAAAGAAGACAAACCUGUUACGUGUCAAGACACCUCUUGGCGAUAUGUGGCUCCUGAGGUUUUUAAAAACGAAGAAUAUGAUACUAAGGUGGAUGUUUUUUCAUUUGCAUUGAUUUUGCAAGAGAUGAUUGAAGGUUCUCCACCAUUUUCAACAAAGCAAGAAAUUGAAGUUCCUAAAGCCUAUGUUCAAAACGAACGUCCUCCUUUUCGAGCUUCAGCAAAACUUUAUGCUCAUGGAUUAAGAGAGUUAAUAGAGGAAUGCUGGAGUCAAAAGCCUUUCAUGAGACCAACAUUUGCCCAAAUUAUUGUUAAGCUGGAGGACAUUGGUAACCAACUUGUUCAUAAAAGACGUUGGAAGUUACGAGCACUUCAGUGCCUGAACUUCGAGUCUGUGUUGAAGCUUGAUCGUUCUAAUCCAAGCAGUCAUUAUUCGUCUUGCUCUUCCAUUUGAUGACAAAUUAUUUCAGUGAAAGCAAGCAGAAGUUUGGCUGUUUCCAACCUUCAACUGGAGGCAUCAUCUGCGGCAAUGGUUUUGUGCAUUUAUGUGUUAUUUCCCUUGCACAGUAAUCACGGUUGAAGGUGAUCAUAUCUUUUUGGGUGUUUCAGUUCCAUUGUUGAGAAUAGUAUUAUUUGUAUACUCACCUAUAAUAUGUAUUGCUCUAAGUUUCGACUUCAACACCUGGAAAUAAAGCAAUUUUCAUUGGAAA